AUGAGCACUUUAAAAGACACUUCUUUGCCACCUUUACAGGUUCAUUACUUGAAUGACGGUGAGUUAGAGACGAAAGCUGAACCGUUUGAUGAUUCUAGCAAUUACGAUGCAAAUUUACCAAUUGCCAUCGAUUUUGGAUCCAAUUCCGUGAGAGCAGGAUAUGGGAAUCGUAAUGUGCCAUCUCAUGUGUUUCCGAACAGAUUGGCACGGUAUAGGGACAGGAAACUGAAUCGGAACUUAACUUUUGUAGGGAAUGAUACAAAUUUGGAUUUGAGUAUAAGAGCCCAGGCUAAAAACCCGUAUGAUGGAGCGUUUAUUUCAAACUGGGAUUAUACGGAAGAGAUUAUGGAAUAUACUUUCCAUCAUUUGGGGGUUCAAGGCGACAAUGGGAUUUCAAAUCCGAUUUUGUUGACGGAAAAGCUUGCGACGUUACAAUCGCAGCGUAACAACUGGUAUCAAAUCUUGUUUGAAGGUUUUGGAUGUCCGCAGGUUACCUUUGGAAUUGACAGCCUUUUCGCCUUUUAUGCUAAUAAUGAGCCGACUUCGUCCGGUCUUGUUAUUAGCAGCGGACAUGAAGAUUCCCAUGUAAUACCUGUAGUUGACGGAAAAGGAUGCCUCAGUGAGGCCAAAAGAAUUAAUUGGGGUGGACAUCAAUCAGUUGACUACUUGUCAAAUCUAUUGGCUUUGAAAUAUCCCUAUUUCCCAACAAAACCCACUUAUCAUCAAUUCGAGUCUCUAUAUCAAGAUUUCUGCUACGUUUCUCAAGACUACGAAGCCGAAAUUAAAAACAUCUUGACCUUGGAAGAAUUGGAAACGAAAGAUGUCGUUGUUGAGGCUCCCUUUACUGAGAUUCUGCCGCCCGAGAAAUCUGAAGAAGAGCUGCGCUUACAGGCAGAGAAACGGAAGGAAACCGGUAAAAGAUUACAGGAGCAAGCAAAGCAGAGAAGAUUGGAAAAACUGGUUCAAAAGGAGGAGGAGUAUGAAUAUUAUUCUCAGUUGAAAGAACAGUUUAAGGAUCAACCUAAAAAAGCCAUCUUGUCCACUUUACAAACUGCAGGCUUCGAAGACGAGCAAGACUUUAAAAGAUACAUCACUGGGCUUGAAAAGACGCUCAAAAGAGCAAGAGUGCUUGAUGUAGAAGAAGAGCAAGAGGAGGAUGCAAAUACAAAGUUCGAUCUGGUUGAUAUUCCGGAUGACCAACUUGAUGAAGCGCAAAUCAGGGAAAAGAGGAAACAGAGACUUUUGAAGGCUAAUUUAGAAGCCCGUCAACGUGCCAAAGAGGAAAAGCUCGAAAGAGAGAAGAUUGAGCAAGAAGCGAGAGAGAAAGAUGUACAAUGGCGUAAAGAAGAUUUGUCGGGAUGGAUUCGAAACAAGAGGGAUCGUUUGACUGCUCUUCUGCAAUCUCGAAGAGAAAAACUGAAGGUGAAGUCAGAUAUGAAAGAUCGUAAGUCGCAAGCCGCCCAGAAAAGGAUGAAAAAUCUUGCAUCUCUAGCCGAAGAGAGAUCUCGACCCAAUUCUAAAAGGUCUCGCCAACAAGUCACAGUGGACAAUGAUCCCAAUGAUACAUUCGGUGCUAACGAUGAGGAUUGGUUAGUCUACAGCGAUAUAAGCCAGAAUCCUGAAGUGCUUGAUCAAAGAAUUGAGGAGGAAUACAAGACAAUUGUUGAACUUGAACAAAUGCUCCUGGAAUACGACCCAAAUUUCACAGAAGAAGAUACUCUUGAUGCCCAAUAUGACUGGAGAAACUCGACUCUUCAUUUAUUUUUGAGAGGACCUCGUGCCCAUGACAAUGAGGAUAUUCACGAGCAACAUCAGAUGCACUUGAAUGUCGAGCGCAUAAGGGUUCCAGAAGUCAUUUUCCAACCAUCGCUAGGAGGUUUUGACCAAGCAGGCAUCUCUUCAAUCUGUGAAGCAAUUCUUAUGAAUAAGUUUGGCUCAACUUCUCGUGAGCUAUCUCAACUAUGUCAAAAUUUUGCCAGCAAUAUUUUACUAACUGGCGGUAAUACCAAACUUCCUGGUUUAAAAAACAGGAUAGUGAGAGAGUUUACCCAGUUUUUGCCGAUGCAUACUAAGCUAAAUGUGAAAUUAGCCUCAGAUCCACUCCUGGACACCUGGAAAGGUAUGGCAAAAUUGUCACAGAAUGAAGAGCAGUACAAGACAUCAUUCGUGACUAAGAGCGAAUAUGAAGAAUAUGGACCGCAUUAUAUUAAAGAGCACGGACUGGGCAAUGUCACUCAUUUUCAGUAA